AUGUCUAAGCAAAGCCGAGAUGUGGAGUUAGACCGCCUGGUCCAAGACAAGCCACUUAGCCACAGGACCCCCCAUGCUGCUUCCCAAAACAUAGCUGAGCAUCUCCCCAAUGUGCCGAGCUACCGAUACCCCACCACCCGUAUCCCUGUCCUCGUCAACAGGAGGACCGGGGUGUCGAAGCCCAGCUUCGUGAAGGAGGCAAAGAGCUCAGUCCGUCGCUUAGUGGCUGCCACAAGAGAACACCCAGCUGUGAAAGUCGAAGAUGCUGAUGCUGAGAGCGAGCCCCUCCAGGUGGAGGAAAAGCCCCCAAGCCCAGUGUUGCCACCAGCAUCUCCAGCCAAAUCAGAAACCCUCACAGUGCCUGGCCAGGCUCUGGGGACCACCAGGAAGAAGCUGCCAUCACAAGAUGAGGAGGUGGAGGAGCUCAAGGCCCUGUCUCCAGCUCAGUCGCCUGUCGUCGCCUGGUCUGGCCCGUCCAGUCCUCAGGGUCAAGAUGCUGCUGAGCGAGCUGAGUCCACCGCCAGUCAGAAUAGCGCGAUCAUUAACGAUCGGCUCCAGGAGCUGGUGAAACUCUUCAAGGAACGCACCGAGAAAGUGAAAGAGAAACUCAUUGAUCCCGACGUCACCUCGGAUGAAGAAAGCCCUAAACCAUCCCCUGCCAAGAAAGCCCCAGAACCAACACCAGAUCCCAAAGCAGCCGAGGCUGAAAAGUCUGGAGAGGAGGAACAUUACUGUGAGAUGUUGUGUUGCAAGUUCAAACGCCGCCCAUUGAAAAUGUACAGGUUUCCCCAAAGCAUUGACCCCCUAACCAACCUGAUGUAUAUCCUUUGGCUGUUUUUUGUGGUCAUGGCCUGGAACUGGAAUUGCUGGCUAAUUCCAGUCCGCUGGGCUUUUCCAUACGAGACUCCAGAAAAUAUCCACCUCUGGCUAUUGAUGGACUAUCUAUGUGACCUCAUCUAUUUGUUAGACAUCACCGUGUUUCAGAUGCGCCUGCAGUUUGUCAAAGGAGGAGAUAUCAUUACAGACAAAAAGGAGAUGCGGAACAACUACCUAAAGUCUCAACGUUUUAAGAUGGAUAUGAUUUCCCUCCUGCCCCUUGACUUGCUCUAUUUGAAAGUUGGUGUGAAUUCCCUCUUACGGUUGCCACGCUGCUUAAAGUACAUGGCUUUCUUUGAAUUCAAUAACCGGCUUGAAUCUAUCCUCAGCAAGGCAUAUGUUUACAGAGUCAUAAGGACCACAGCCUAUUUGCUCUAUAGUUUGCAUUUGAAUUCAUGUCUGUAUUAUUGGGCAUCAGCCUACCAAGGAAUUGGCUCUACUCACUGGGUUUACGAUGGAGUGGGAAACAGUUACAUUCGAUGUUAUUACUUCGCUGUUAAGACCCUGAUCACCAUCGGGGGUCUGCCCGAUCCCAGGACUCUGUUUGAAAUCAUCUUCCAGCUCCUGAACUACUUCACGGGGGUCUUCGCUUUCUCCGUGAUGAUAGGACAGAUGAGAGAUGUCGUUGGAGCAGCAACUGCAGGGCAAACCUAUUACCGGAGCUGCAUGGACAGUACCGUCAAGUACAUGAAUUUCUACAAAAUCCCAAGAUCAGUUCAGAAUCGUGUUAAGACCUGGUAUGAAUAUACAUGGCAUUCUCAAGGCAUGCUGGAUGAAUCUGAAUUGAUGGUGCAGCUUCCGGACAAGAUGCGGCUAGAUCUCGCUAUCGACGUCAACUACGACAUUGUCAGCAAGGUGGCUCUUUUUCAGGGCUGUGACAGGCAAAUGAUUUUCGAUAUGCUGAAGAGGCUGAAGUCCGUAGUUUACCUGCCCAAUGACUACGUGUGCAAAAAGGGAGAAAUUGGAAGAGAAAUGUACAUUAUCCAAGCUGGACAGGUCCAGGUACUGGGCGGGCCAGAUGGCAAAGCCGUCCUUGUGACUCUGAGAGCAGGAUCUGUAUUUGGAGAAAUAAGCUUGUUGGCUGUUGGUGGGGGAAAUCGUCGCACAGCAAAUGUAGUGGCUCAUGGAUUUACCAACCUUUUCAUUUUGGAUAAGAAGGACUUGAAUGAAAUUUUGGUUCACUACCCAGAGUCUCAGAAGUUACUUCGAAAGAAAGCCAGGCGAAUGCUAAGGAAUAACAACAAGCCCAAAGAAUCGAAAAGCGUGCUUAUUCUUCCUCCGAGGGCAGGGACUCCUAAACUCUUCUCAGCUGCUUUAGCCGUAGCGGGAAAGAUGGGAGGGAAGGGAGCGGCAAAAGGAGGUAAACUUGCCCAUCUACGAGCAAGACUGAAAGAACUGGCUGCCAUGGAAGCAGCUGCCAAGCGACAGCAAGAGCUGGAGCAGGCCAAGAGUUCUGCUGCCUCAGCAGCCCCAGACCAACCAGAAUCGGCAGCUCCAGACGGACCAGAGUCGGCAGCUCCAGACGGACCAGAGUCGGCAGCUCCAGACGGACCAGAGUCGGCAGCUCCAGACGGACCAGAGUCGGCAGCUCCAGACGGACCAGAAUCAGCAGCUCCAGAACCAUCAGCUGAACCAGAGCCAGCUGCUGCAGAUCCCCCAGAUGCCCAUCCUCCGUCUUCUUCCUCCCCCAAGAAGUCAGAGGGAGGAGAUGACAGGGAAGUUGUGUCUGAAUUCACCGAUCACUCUGUCAGAAUUCGCAUGAGCCCUACGCCAGAGAGUGACGAACAGAUUCUUUCUGUAGAAGUUCCAGAAAAGAAGGAGGACAAGUGAAAUUCACCCCAUGCUAGUUUCUAGAAGGCCACUAAACAUCUGGUCAUUUUAUAUUCCAACUGGCUACCUAUUCUUACCUAUCUAAGCUAGAGAAACAUUUUUACUUUCAACAGCUUCUAAUUUCAAGCUAGUGGCCACAGACUUCACUAACAAAACUAUGCUUGAUAGGGCUUGGUUUGCCUUUUCUUUGUCCUUAGCUUGCAAGGCUAGUAUCCUAGAAAUGAAGAUCAUAACCUCUUUAAGAGAGAUGCAACCCUGUAAGGCCUUUUGGACAUCAGAAAGGAUUCUACUGAUCUCCUCUGCUAUUUACUCUCCCAUUAAAUACUUGGUC